UUCACAUCUACGAAAUUUAUUAUAGUAAAAUUAAUUUAACUUUGACAUUUGUGUCAAAUAACGUCGUGAACGCUUUCAAUGCGUUGCCGUCAAUAUAUUUUUAAUCUGUGAUUUAAAAUUUGCCAGCUGGGCGGUUCCGAUAUUUAUUUUCAUAAUUUUAAAAUCAAAAUAUUUCCCUAUAAACAGUAUUGUAGAUAAUCGUAGUUCUUGCCAUAAGGAGCUCAAGCUGCAACAUUUAAUGUUCGAGCCGGGCGGUGCUGAGACGUGUACCGCACACAUACUUAGACCAACCACAGAAAGGAGAGCGCAGUGAGCAGGGGCGAAGGGCGAGGGGAGGGCUCUAUAUGGCAAAGAGUCACCAUGAAGGUGGAUGCCGACGCCAGGGAAGCGCCCGCCGCACCGCCCGCUGCACCCGGAACGCCGAUCGCUAGUAAUACAGAAUCACCUGUAUCCUCUCUGGACGAUUACCGGUUACUUGAGCCUCCUACCGAGGUGAUUCCGACGCCCGACCGGGCGUUACUAGCCAAGCUGGAGGAAGAGAACAGACGCAUCGAGGCGGACGCCAAGUGCCCCUCGCUAACCACCGUGCACAGUCGAAAGAGUUCUGAUACUUCCCAAGUAUCUCUAGCUUCUGCUACAAGUUCAAGUCAUGACGCGGAGGCUCGGGUCAGUAACAGUGCAAAUGGCGAAGAAGACCUAUGGAGUCUCUGGGGUCGAAUCGUCAGCAAUUGGGAGACAGAGUGGAAGCGACGCAAUCAGUUCGUGCGAGAUCUGGUGCGCCAAGGAGUACCACAUCACUUCAGAGGCAUCGUGUGGCAACUGUUAGCUGGAGUCGACACUUCCCCCGAAAAGAAGCUCUAUGCUUCUUAUAUUAAAGCGAAAUCAGCAUGUGAGAAAGUGAUUCGUCGGGACAUAGCUCGCACGUAUCCGGAACAUGAUUUCUUCAAAGAGAAGGAUGGGCUUGGCCAAGAGUCCUUGUUCAACGUGAUGAAGGCAUAUUCCCUGCAUGACCGCGAAGUGGGGUACUGCCAGGGUUCCGGGUUCAUCGUUGGGUUAUUGCUUAUGCAGAUGCCAGAGGAAGAGGCUUUCGCGGUGUUAGUAAAGAUAAUGCAACAACAUCGCAUGCGGGACAUGUUCAAGCCGAGUAUGGCGGAGCUCGGUCUCUGCAUGUUCCAGUUGGAGAACCUCGUUCAGGAACUGUUGCCUGAUCUCCACGUGCACUUCCAGUCACAGAGUUUCAACACGUCUCUGUAUGCCAGUAGUUGGUUCCUGACUCUGUUCACUACUACUCUCACCUUGCCGCUUGCUUGCCGAAUCAUGGAUGUGUUUCUGUCUGAAGGAAUUGAAAUCGUAUUCAAAGUGGCCCUCGCUUUACUUACGGUGGGCAAGAACGACUUACUGUCGCUCGAUAUGGAAAGUAUAUUAAAAUACAUACAGAAGGAACUGCCGUCGAAAGCGGAGGCCGAUCAGGAUGCCUUUAUGAACCUCGCAUAUUCAAUCAAAGUUAAUCCAAAGAAGAUGAAAAAGCUAGAGAAAGAAUACACUGUGAUUAAAACUAAAGAACAGAGCGAUAUAGCCGUGUUGCGGUGCCUGCGUCAGGAAAAUCGUCUGUUGAAGCAACGAGUAGAGCUGCUCGAGAAAGAAAGUUCUGGGUUGGCUGAGAGGCUGGUGAGGGGACAAGUGGACCUCGCAGAAGGUGAAGAGGAGACGUUUGCCCUCGCCCGAGAGGUGCAGGCCUUGAGAAGGGCUAACGUCGACGCACAACAACGUCUAGCGGUCGCCCAAGACGAGAUACGGUCGCUAGAAAUGACGAUCGCUGAAAACAAUUCGCGGCAAUCGUCGUUGGAAGGUAUAGAAGGUACUAGCAGUCAGAAAGGGGAGGAACUGGCUCGUUGCUUGCAAAGGGAGUUAGUACGGGCAAGGCUUCACGCAGCUGAACGUGAGGCAGCCGAGCGGGAACUGACCGCUCGUAUCGCAGAGCUCGAGAACGAAAACAAGAGCCUGAGGAGACAGCGAGUCGAUAACAAUGUAGCCCACUUACAGGACGAAUUAAUUGCUGUGAAGCUGCGCGAGGCUGAAGCUAAUUUAUCGUUGAAAGAUCUGCGGCAACGCGUGACGGAGAUAUCUGAAGCGUGGCAGCGACAUCUACAAGAACACAGACAAGAAGUUCCCGCCACGCCGGUGCAGUCAAACGUAGUGUCCGAUAUAAUGGCAACGCCUAAGAAGUUGUUGCGCGCUUGGGAGGGACGCUCGGGUGACGUGCAGAAGCUAGAAGAGGAACUUAUGACUACUAGGAUUAAGGAAGUCGAGGCACUGACUGAGCUUAAGGAGUUAAGACUGAAGGUUAUGGAGCUGGAAACCCAGGUGCAAGUGUCGACGAACCAGCUGCGCCGCCAGGACGAGGAGGCGCGUCAACUUCGGGAGAACCUCGACGCGGCUUUACAACGCGAAAGGGUACUGCAAACACGCCAGAGGGAGUUCCAGCACAAGUAUGCUGAUUUAGAAAGCAAGGCUAAAUAUGACUCCAUGCAAGCGAAUAUUCGAAACAUGGAGGACGCUCAGAGAAUAGCCGAACUGGAGACUGAAGUGUCGGAAUAUAAAUUAAAGAAUGAAGUGAUGGCCACUGAAGGUGAGCUUCGCAAUAACAUGGACGGCGACUCCGACGGGAUCCAAGAGUUACAGGAGCAAGUCGCUGUACUAAAGGCUGAGGUCAUGAGACUAGAGGCGUGGAAAUCCCGGGCCUUGGGCCACCCGGAACUAAGCUGUGCUGUGUCUUUCGAAGAUGAUUUAGAGGAAGACGAGAAACUUAAAUUAAUCCUACGACGCGAAUCUUCCACAUCCUUUGACCUGUCCGCGAUGUCAAGAAAACCUACGUAACGAAUACUAUACACGUUAUUGUAAUCAUCAACUAGGUUUGUACACUUUUUGUCAUCACACCAUUGUUUUUGAUUUCUUAGUAUUCUUGUUCUUUGCUACCAGUAACAUACAGGAACAGCUCACGCGACGUUCCUCUUUCGCAUUCGCUUAAGCAACAGGGUUGUUUCUCGUCUCCAAAUAAUACAGUGGCUACCAUUGACCGCGGGAUUCUCAAUUAUAUUAUGUUUUACAGUAGUUGUGCUAGACAUCUUUAUACAAUUUUUAAUACAUAGACAAAAUAGCUGUAGAUCUAAAUACAAUCAACAAAAUAAUCUAGACGGCUUAGACUCGUUAGUGUCCCUUUUACCGGUCUCCCGCUGCCAACUACGUUGUAAAGCAUACGCUCAAAAUAGUGGAUGUACUUUUAGGCGAAGCUCAGGCUUAUCUCAGCAAAAAGUAUAGCCGUCAUUUUGAAACUAUGCACUAACAUUGAUGCACAUUAUUAGUAAUAGUAAGAAUAAUUUAAUAUAUGGUUGUAGUUGAGACAUACAGGUAGGUAGAUUUAAUAAACACGUAGUUUUAUUUUAGACUAUUGAUUAUUGGGUAGAAAAAUAUUUCUUCUAGAAACACGUGGUUAACAUCGGUAAAAAUUAAAACAUACUUUAACUAAGACACGUCAUAAUAACCUUCUCAUAAUAUAUGUAUAUCUAAUGAUAACAUUCAUAGCACUCCUUUUCUACCUAGCCUAGCAGACUCAAUAAUGAUAACGACAAAAAUAUUCUCAAAUUUGUCUUAAAAUAGAAUUAUUUUAAAGUAAUCUGACAAAUUUCUGUCGCUAUCAUUGUCGACACUUCUGGGGGCGCGAUCAGUUGUAGAUACUGAUUGCGUUAGCUUAGACCUUGUACCCAAAACAAGCAAACUUUUCAAUUAUUUUAAUAUUAUUAUUUCAAAAAGUAACCUUAUAAAAUAAUAAUGACACACAAAUUGGUAACUUUGAUCUCAUAUACCCUAAUAUGUGUUUAAAAGGUAAUGGACUCGUUAGUUUUAGAGUUUUGGUACAAGAUAUGACUGACUAAUCGAACAAUCGUUUUAUGCAGUCAAAUAUGUUGACUGCCUGCGGUUACUACGAUGUAGUCCGUCUAAUGGCAGCGUAAACUUUAUGUAGCUCUGUAACAAUUCUCUAAUGAACGUUACCUUCCCAAUCCAAUUAAUACUACCAUGAGACAUCAAUAAUUCCAGAAAUACUACAUUUAUGAAAUUAUUGACGUCUCAUUCAAAACUAAAGCAUUUCUUAACCAACAUUCCAACAUUUAAUUCUUAUUUAUUUAUUAAUGAACGUAUUUAAUGUGAGUAAUGCGAUAAAUAUCCUAGAUUUAUUUUCUAUAAUUUAGUUAGUAUGUGGUUGAAUAGAUGAGUUCGGUGUUAUUUUAGGUGAUGAGACAGGGAAGGCACCCAAGUAUUCUCGGCAAUAUUACGCGUACUUAUUUUAUUAAUGCUUACUUAUUUUAGGUUUUAAGAAGAAGUAUUUUAAAUAAAUUCAUAAUAUGUAUUAAUUUAUUAUUGUAAAAUACUCAACAUUUUGUUAUACAUUAUGUUACAUGUUAGGCUUCCGUGUGAUGAUUUAUCCUUAUACGGACAGAGGCUGCCUGAUAAAUAACUGUGUACAUUAAUUAUAGUUAUUUUGAAAAGUAGUUUGGCACAAGUCGCGAACGCUUAGGUAUGUUUAUAAUAGUGGCACUUACACUUAUUUUUCCACCCUUUUACAAUUAAUUUUAUGUCAAUAAUAUGAGUAUUGAAGCUUCGUAUGAGUAAGGAAAUUUUAUCAGAUUAAGAUGAACUCUGUGUUUUAUGUCGUCGUGGUAGUAUGUUAAGUGAUGAAAGCAGCAUUUUUAAUCAAACAAAGCUAAUGAUGCAUACUUACACGACAUCUUAACAUAGAUGUUUAUCUGCAAGUAUUCUAAUUUCAAUUUGGUAUGUAUUACAUACAAACCGUGUUUGAAUGCGACCGGUAUCAACUAUACCAUAGCAAAUAAUGUUAACGUUUUAUUUUUAUUUUUUGUUAAAUUUAUCAAAUAUCUAAGAGAAAUAUAUUUUAAUAUUAUGUCGAAUUUUAAUAUUAAACCGCUAUACUGCGCACGUUGUUCCAAAUAAUUCCUACUUAAUAAAUAUUAGUAAUUCUAUUUGAGUUAUCGUUAUGAAUGACAUAUUUUAUGUGUUGCGUCAUUUUAUUUAUUAUUGAUAUUGUAUUGGCAGCUAUGACAAUUUGCGUUUUCUGUAUUAUGUGGUUAGAAAUAAACAUUAGAAAAUAAUUUACACAGGUAGAACGACAAUCACGUGUUAAGAUUAAAAAUGUAUUUUAUAAUGAUAUUGUAUUAUCAAUUCAGUCAUAUUUCAGUAUCAAUUAAUAAUCAGUAAGGUAAUUAUUUGAAUCCAUAAUAAAUUAAAAUAUACUAAUACAUUAUAAUAUCCCGUAGUGUUAGGUCAUACCGCAGUCAAAUAAGACGCCUAUCGAAUCGAAAGCAAUAAACGAAAACGAAAAUUCCACAAAUAUCUAUGUAGUGGUAGCGUACACCAACAUUUUUUACUUUUAUAUACAUACAUACCUUUAUAUACAUUCUUAAAUAGUUAUUAUGUAGAAAAUAUAAUUGCAGCUUUACGAGAUUGUGUUUGCUCAAUGUCUUUAAUUGCUGUAACAUUUCUUUUGUACAUGAAAAAUAGUUUCAAUUUUAAAGGAAGAAAUAUAAAACGCCACAGUUAGAAGGUAUCUUAUGUUUGUUCCUUUAAUAUUAAUAAACUAUUCUUUACACAAAUUCUUGUUAACUAAUGGUCUCUGAAACAACUAGAGACUAUCUACACAAUAUGUUGUAUUACCAACAACUAAUGAGGACAGAAAUCCACAGCAUACUAAAUAUGCUUUAUUAUGAUCACUAAUUUUUUACAUUUUACUCGUGACUUUGUGUAUUUUCAUAUUGUGUAUUGGAAAAUAAAUUGAUAAUCUUGUAUUCAAUUUUUUAUUACAAAUAAAGACUUGUAACUCAUUUAUCGCUUUUCUU